AUGGAUCUCGAAUCUAAUGAAACAACACCAUUGCUCACUGAGCGCAAUGGUGCCUCUAACUUGUCGGCCAUCGAAGAGAAUGAUGGUCUGCCGGACCCGAAUGUCAUAUGGUGGGAUCAAGAUGAAGAUCCUGAAUACCCUUACAAUUGGCCUCGUUGGCUCUCCAUGUCCAAUUGUUUUCUAAUUAGUGCAAUGACUUUCUUGACUGCACUUGCAUCCUCAAUAAUCGCGCCCGCGGUACCCCAGCUGAUGACAGAAUUCCAAAAUGAAAACCUGCAGGUUGCCGCAUUCGUUGUGUCAGUAUACAUUCUUGGGUUUGCUGCUGGUCCACUGAUAAUUGCACCUCUGUCUGAGAUCUACGGCCGUGUUCCGGUAUAUCAUGUUUGUAACGUCGGUUUUACUAUUUUUGCAACAGCAUGCGCUCUGUCACCGAAUAUCCAAGCUCUGAUCAUCUUUCGAUUUUUGAAUGGACUCUUUGGUUGCUGCCCUGCGACAAUUGGAGGUGGCUCAAUCACGGAUAUGAUCCCACAAGAAAGAAGGGCCGCCGUGGUAGCAGCAUAUAGUGUUGGUGCUCUUUUCGCCCCUAUCGUUGGUCCGAUGGCUGGUGGAAUCGUUGCGGAUAAAUUUGGCUGGCGCUGGGAUUGUUGGCUUCUAAGUAUUUCUGGAGCCGUCAUCUCGAUUUUCAUGAUGUUUGUCUUGAAGGAGACCUAUCACACGGUCAUCCUCGAGCGAAAAGUUCAUCGUCUCCGUACAGUAACGGGUAACCAGCUGCUGCAAUCCAAGCUCAAUAUUGGUCUUUCACAGAGAGCGUACUUUUUACGCAGCAUCGUUCGUCCAUUGAAGAUGCUUACGCUUUCCCCGAUCGUGAUCAUUACAUCCUUGUUCAUCGCUAUCACGUACGGGUAUAUGUACUUGUUAUUCACUUCAUUUACCGAGGUCUUCCAGCGAUACUAUGGAUUCACUACCAGCAAUGUCGGUUUAUGUUUUCUUGGGCUGGGGUUGGGCUCUUUCCUCGGGGUUGCCAUAUUCAGUGCGACAUCAGACAAAAUGAUCAAAAGAAAGGCCGCUCAGGAAAACGCAGAGGCUGAUUUAACGGGCUCCCAGAAGAAAGGCAUCAUCAAACCAGAGUACAGACUUCCACCUUUGCCAUUCGCAGUGUUGUGUCUUCCGGUGGGUUUAUUGAUAUAUGGUUGGACCGCGGAAUUGCGUCUACAUUGGAUAGUCCCCAUAAUUGGCACGGUUUUCAUCGGCGUUGGACAGUUGUUGUUAUAUAUGGUGCUGCAAAUGUACCUGAUCGAUUCAUUUACCAUCUAUGCUGCUUCUGCUGUCGCAGCAAUUACGGCAGUGCGAUCUAUUGCGGGCGGCCUAUUGCCACUCUUUGGUUUGAGUAUAUACGAUAAAUUCGGUGUCGGCUGGGGAAAUACCUUGCUUGCCGUUGUUUGCCUGCCGCUCGUCCUCGUGUCGUUCUUACUUAUCAGGUAUGGAGAAACGCUCAGGGAGAGGUUUCAAGUGAAGAAUCUGUGA